AUGGGCAACAUAGGGUUUAUCUCGCACCAAUGGCUUGGCACGGGCCACCCAGACCCAGAGGCCAAGCAGAUGCGGAUCUUCCAAGAGGCUCUCAAGGCAGCCAAAGAUGACUCGAAGAUGAAGAGCAUCUCUCCGGACAUAGUUUCAGAAAUCAACAAUCCGAGUAUAAAGCCAUUUCCAACCGCCAGGCUCUUCUCGGAACCACUCUUCUUUUGGUACGACUAUUUCUCGAUCCCACAAAAAGUGGAGGACUCAUGCCACCAGCUUGAUGCUAUCAACAGCAUACCAGCCUAUGUAGACAAGUGCUCCUUCUUCUUUGCGCUGGUGCCCGUGCUGGAGACUCCCAGCUCAAUGGCCUUGCUGUCACCUUUGACCUGGCAAGGACGAGGUUGGUGUCGAUUGGAGAAAACCGCCCGAGAGCUUUCCCACGAUCCCUCCUGGAUCAUGGUGAAGAGUGCAAGGGACCUGCAGUUUGUAUCGGAUGCCUUGGCAUCUGCCCGUGCUGGGUCCGGGCCGGUGGGCGAAGGAGCCUUCACCGUGCAGGAGGAUUGCCUGAAGCUGAGACCAGUUCUGAUGACCGUGCUGAAACGCAAGUUGAUCAGGCUGCUGAAGUCCCGGGAUUUCGCAGGCUAUCGUGCAUUGCUGAACCAACAGACCACGAUACUGAGCGGAAUGGGCCCUGACCUCGAGCCGAUCCUUGAAAUUGAGAGCUCGGACGACCAGCAUGAGGAUCUGAGUGCUACCUCGACGUUCUUGCACCGGAAUGGGUUUGCAACCGUCAGGACGAAGGACGCGGCUGGAUGGCUCCCCAUUCAUUAUGCUGCCCUGGUUGGGGACCCAUCGCUGGUUCGGGACCUGCUGGCACUUGAGGCAGAUCCGAACCAAGAUACGAAGAAGGCCCAUCCAAACCUUGGCUUUGAAGCUGGAACUCCGCCUCUUUCCAUCGCCUGCUACUUCAAAAAGAAUGAAGUGGUGAAGUUGCUGCUCUCCGUGAGGGCUACCUUCGACAGCCGCGGCCCCAUUCACUACCCUCUGAACGCUGCAGCCGCCGUGAACAACGCGGAAGCGGUGCAGAUGCUUUGCGAGGCCGGGUGCAGCCCGCUGCAGAAGAAUGCGUUGGGUCACACUUGCAUAGAAACAGCUGCCAGUUGGGGUCUCGGGCUCGAAGCCAUGGAGGAGCUUCUCAGACAGGUGAGGAUAUUGGGUGCUCUAGAUGAGAUUGAUCCAACGCCAUCACUUCAUCUCGCAGCCAUCAGUUGGGGAGGUGCUGAAGUGGUACAGCGCCUGGUUGCAAUGAGGGCCGACGUGAAUGCUCAGACGGCAGAUGAGCCAGCAAAACGCACACUGCUCAUGCGAACAAUGUAUACAGUAGUGCUUUGGCAGCACAAAUUCUACAAGGUUACAGCAGCAAGCAAAUUCCUCUAUCAUGCGAGAGGCGGAACCCCUUUGAUGAUGGCACUAGUGACCGGGAACUACGAAUUUGCUGCAGCUCUGAUAGCUGCAGGAGCACAGCUGAAUCCACGAAAUGCUCGUGGGUGUUGUAUAGCAGAUUUGGUGCCAAAGCAUUCGGCGCCAGACUUCAUCGUUGAGGCUUUGGAAGGAAGGGUUGAAGCAUGCCGGAGAGUAUCGGAGUUGGCAUGUGGGUGGAUUUCGAUGGCAUUUUGA